CUUCAUUCUGCUCUGUACCUACACCCCAACCAUGCCGACGAAUGUCAGCUACAAGCUCCCUGACUUACAGUCUCUGUGCGAGCCCUUUGAGCUGCGCACGAAUCGAGCCUGCCGCCCCGUUAUGGAGGCAUCCGAGGCGUGGCUCACUGGUCUUCCGGAUGCUUUGACGAAGCGCGAACGCGAUGAUCUGCGGCGUAUGAAAAUAGGUCUCCUGGCGGCCCUCUGCUUUCCGACAUGCGACCAGCCCCAGCUGCGGUUCGUCACUGACUUUUGGACCCUCCUUGUUGUGGCGAACCGACGCGCACGACCCGGCCAAAACCCGACUUUCGAUGCUCUUUUCCUGCAUCUUGCUAACAGGACUGAGCGACUAGAGAGUGCUGCACCUGCGGGCUUCAGGACGCGCUUUCGCCAUCACCUGAGUGAACAUCAGACAGCUGAGAAGCACGCUGUCGCCAAUGAAGCACCAGAUAGCGAUGUGGACGCGUACAUUGCUUUUGCGAGGCACUUCACUGGCUUGAACAUGAUCUUCGACCUGAUAGCGGCUGUCGAAGCGCUCGACCUGCCGCAGGCCGGCGAGGAGCGAGAGCUUCUGGACCAAUUGACGACGCACGCAGUCGACCUCAUAUCCUGGUCAUGGGAUAUCGUCGCCUAUAAUGUCGAUCAGUCCGCCGACCGCAAACACAAUGUAGUGCAAGUCAUCCUGAACGCGCGGCGUGGGCUCGCCAUUCAGGGUGCAGUGACUGCAGCCUUCGCGCACGCCGAGAAGGCGCAACGUGCAUUCCUAGAGUGUGAGCGCACUGUGUGCGAACGACUUGACCCUCCGCCUCCUCCUCCGUCACCUGCGGAGCCGACCUGGGGGAAGACGCUCGCAUUGUUACUCGGCUUCGACAGCGAGCCGUUUGCACCUGCCGAACCGCAAUGUACGCUGCCAGCGCAGCAGCGAGCGGAUGCGUUGCGAUACGUGCAAGGGCUGAGGGAUUGUAUAGCGGGGAUGCUUCAUUGGGCAUAUGAGACGGAGAUGUUCUUCGGGAGGAAGCAGGGGGUGAGGAGCUACAUUCGGACCUUUGGCUGGGUGUUUCUGCUCGACAAGGGGGCGGAGGACGAGGACGAAGGUGGUAGCACGGCGUAGCACACUGUACCAGUCUUUAGCGAUUCGACGCUGAGCACCUUGAACACUGGA